AUGACGCCCUGCUGGCUCAGCCCUCCCCUCUGCGACAUAUGCAAGACGGGCUGGGGCCGUCUCAACGGCACCGUCGCCACCUGCGUCCCUUGCGCACCAGCCAACUGCGCACGGUGCAAGGGGAGCACCCCAAACGUCUGCACCGUCUGCCUGCCACGCUAUUUCAGGACCAGCCAGGGCACCUGCAAGAAGUGCCCUGCUAACUGCGUGGAGUGCGAGAAUCUCACCGGCAAGUGCCUGCGCUGCAAGCCCCCCACGUGGGAUGCGGAUGCCUACUCCUGGGCACCCGUGUACGGCAAGACCGAUGCCGGCACCUGCGUGCUGUGCACCCCCACCUCCCCCAAUGGCGGCUACCACCUGGGCUGGUGCGCGGCAUGCGAUGGCGACAAGCCCAGCAAAUGCACCAAGUGCGUGGACAAGAACAACGGCUUCCCCAUGUACGUGCAGCAAGACAAGGACUGCGGCUUCUGCACCUCCCUCCACGGUGACAAGUGCCUCAAGUGCCGCAACGGCGAUGGCAAGUGCGUCAUCUGCGACACCGACAAUGGGUACAUCUUUGAUGGCGUGUUCAGCUGCAAGAAGCCCUGA